AUUAGAAGCUGGGUUGAUCCAAAGACAGACAGAUGGCUGAAAAUGGCACAAAAGAAAAAAUAAAAUGGACAACCACCAUUAUUAUUAGCUCAUCUCUUAAGAGUUGUGAAGUUGCAACUGCCCUAGAUCGAAGCCACAAGAUUCGGUAUUCAGAUUCAGUGGAAAAUGGAUCAAUUAUCUUUUCUCUUUCUGGAGUUGCAUUUUUAUUGAUGGAUGCUAAAGAAUGCUUUACAUCAGCUGAAGAAAUAUUUCUAGCCAAAAUUGAGAAGUUUACUAAUAUUCACCAAAAUAGCUUUUUGGUUCUGUCUGCUGCCUUCCAUGGGCCUGAGGAAUGGAAACUGAUGUUCAGGAUUCAGCAGAGAUUCCUGGGUAGUAACUUACGGAUACUUCCAGUACACAACACAGUAGAUGUUAUUAAUCUUAUGUGCACUAUAGCUAAGAUGGCCUCCAAACCAUACAUAGAUAACAUCUGCUAUAGAAUGGUAACAACUGAGGCUUACAUCAUUGAGCAAAGUCCUGUUUGGAAAACACUUCAAAAGUUAAAACUGAGUAGUGAUUCAUUUAACCCAAACUACAGUAUCAAUUACAAAUGUCCUUUUGGAAGAAUAUUAAAAUAAUUAGACCACUUAAAUUAUAAUGUUAAAAUAUAUAUUUACU